ACCUCAGUUUGGGAUUCGUUGGCCAAAGAAAUUGGUCAAAAUGUACAAAUUUGCGUUUCUGCUCGCUCUCUCCAUCGGCUUGGCUCUUGCCAAACACGAAGAAUACAAUGGAUCCGUCGUGUAUCAAGUUAAGGUAGCCAAUAUGGAGCAGGCGCAACAAGUUUAUGCAUUAGAGAACAAAUUGGGUUUGGAUAUGUGGUCGUACGCUGCGCCCUCCAGGCCCGGUUUGGUUCUCGUUCCCAGACCCAUGCGUCAACGGUUCCAGACUGAAGUUGCAGCUCUUGGAGCGCAGUUAGAAAUUCAAAUUGGAAACGUCAGGGAGGCUAUUGAAUUGGAAGAGAAAAUGUUGGCGGCAGCAGCGUCUCGUAACAGCAGCCGAAGCGGCCGUCUUACUUUGGACAAGAUCUACCGUUAUGCUGAGAUCAACGCCUACCUCGACGAGCUGGCUGAGAAAUACGAAACAGUGACCGUUGUGUCGGCUGGCAAGAGUUUCGAAGGCCGUGACAUCAAAUACCUGAAGAUUUCCACCACCAAUUUUGAAGAUCUAAGCAAGCCUGUUGUCAUGGUACAGUCCAUGCUUCACGCUCGUGAAUGGGUAACUUUACCAGCGACCCUCUACGCCAUCGAGAAAUUGGUUGUCGACAUCACCGACAAGGAUUUGGUUGACAAAAUUGACUGGAUCAUCGUACCCAUCGCCAACCCCGACGGAUAUGAAUUCAGCCACACCAACACCCGUUUCUGGAGGAAGAACCGCUCUACUGGCCAUGUUAUUGGAAACUUGUGCCAGGGUGUUGACCUUAACCGCAACUUUGACUUCAACUUUGGUUCACUUUCUAGCAACAGCCCUUGCUCCGAAACCUUCCACGGCCCUGGACCUUUCUCUGAACCAGAGAGCUUGGCCAUCCGUAACAUUGUUCUUGGUAACAUGAACCGUAUCGAAUUGUUCCUCGAUAUCCACAGCUUCGGUAGUUUGAUUCUUUAUGGAUACGGCAGCGGCGACCUGCCCGCCAACGCUCUCACUCUCAACGUAGUCGGUGUAAGAAUGGCACAGGCCAUCGAUGCCGUCAAAUGGGAAUCCCACCCUAACUACCGUGUUGGUAACGUUGCUAUGAUUCUAUACACAGUAUCUGGCAGCGCUCCUGAUUACGUCCAAGCUAUUGGUAUUCCUCUUUCGUUCACGUACGAAUUGCCAGCUUACAGAAACCAAAACAACAGUCUUAACGGUUUCUUGGUAGACCCUGACUUCAUUGAACAAGCUGGUGUUGAAACUUGGGAAGGUAUCAAGAAUGGUGCUCAAUGGGUGCUACAAAACACCAGAAGGAAGUAAUUUUAUUACAAACUUAUCUC